CGAACCUUAGCUUCUGUCCUAAUUCAAUGAUAUGUGGAAUGAACACGGUCAACUUCAAAGCAUACGUUCGGUUACGAGCCUCAUGUGACCGGUCUAUUUGGCCCGAACCCAAUGGAGAGUUUUCCCGCCCACUACCACUGUCUCGUCCGGUGUUUCUUACUCACUUGCUUACUCGCCCAAGCAAAAGGAAGGCUUAAAUACACGGAAACUUCUUCUCUCUCACUGUCUCCCUCCCUCUCCUUCCCUCUCCCCCCUUCUCUCUCUAGAGUCUCGAAUGCGAUUUUGGUGCCAUCUUUUCGCUCUUCGAUAGCAUGGCUAGGAGCUGGCUUAUUGAUGUUGGAGGGUUUGCCAAGAAAGUGAAAAGCAGUUCUCUGCCCUCAGCUGAGCAAAUCAAAGACUGUGGGGCAUAUCGUCAAUGUCCAAAUUGUCAUUGGCAUAUUGAUAAUAGUGAUGUUUUUCCUGAUUGGCCUGGCUUUCCUGCUGGUGUAAAAUUUGAUCCUUCUGAUAUAGAACUCUUGCACCAUUUAGCAGCAAAAUGUGGCAUUGGAAAUGCAGAGCCACACAUGUUUAUCCAUGAGUUCAUUCCAACGCUGGAGGGUGCUGAGGGGAUUUGCUACACUCAUCCUGAGAAUCUUCCAGGUGCUAAAAAGGAUGGGAGUAGUGUCCAUUUCUUCCAUAGAACAAUUAAUGCCUAUACUUGUGGUCAACGAAAGCGUCGAAAAAUUCAUCAUCAUCAUGGUGCAACUGAGGAGCAUGUGCGGUGGCACAAGACAGGUAAAACCAAAUCUGUAGUGGAAGAUGGCCUACACAAAGGCUUUAAAAAGAUCAUGGUUCUUUAUGUAAGACCUGAGAAAGGUUCAAAGCCAUAUAAAUCGAAUUGGGUGAUGCAUCAAUACCAUCUGGGGACUGAAGAAGAGGAGAAGGAAGGUGAAUAUGUGGUCUCAAAGGUUUUUUAUCAGAAGAAGCAGCUUGAGAAAAAUGAGGAGAAUCCAUUAGUUGAAGAAUCAGAUAAUAUGGCAUCACGAACAAGUCCAAGAACCCCAAAUCCAAAUCCCCGCAAUCCACCUCGACCAGGAAAUUCUGCUGACUGUGAUGAUAAUUUUGAUGAAAAAGUACUCCUGUCAUUCAAUAAGGAUGCCGAGUCUGUCCCUGGAGAGCCAAGUGCACCGGCAAUUGAUGUUCAGGAUGAGGAUAAUACGAGUGGCCCUGCAUGGUUGGCUGGUGAAUCACAGGCUGCUGAAAACUCUGACUUUGAUGGCUUGGAUGACAUAUUAUUGUGCAAGGAGAUCUUAGAUUCUUCUGCUAGACUAAAUGAUUCUGGAAUGAACUCCACCAUUGUUAAUGGCUUUGCCAGCAACACAAACUUGUCAGUUGGAAAUGACAAUGCAUCCUUUGGAAUCUCUGACCUGGAUAACUUGGAAUUGGAUACUCCUCCAGAUUUCCAACUUUCUAACUUGCAGUUUUGUUCUCAAGACAGUAUACUUGACUGGAUAGACAGACUAUGAUUCUCAUUAAGCUCCCUGUAACUGUUCUAUUCACUCACCUGUAUAGCAGAAACAUUACUGGCUAUCUCAGGUUCCUAAACUCUUUCGGCUUCCCAUUAAGUUGACUCUGGAGUUUGAGCACUCUGCAUGAGGGUGGUGUUUACAUGAAUUUGUAGUUGAACUGUGACUCGUUAUGUGCAAGGCAUGGAAGUGGCAUGUUGAUCUAUAUUGUAAUGUAUUGCGUGUUGAAUGUAUGUAAAGAUUACCAGCAAAUUGGCUGAAUAUUACCAAUUAUGCUUCUUUAAUUGAUAAUAUGGGAAAUUGUGUGUCAA